AUUUUGUGUUUAAUCGAAACAGUUUUAACAUUAACAAUGCAGUUGAACAUAAUCAAGUGAGCCGUGUUCAUAAACUGUAUUUUGCAAGUUGGCCUGUGAAAUAAUAAAAAUGUCGUUUUUAAUAAGUUUAUAUGUUUCAUCAACAGCUAAAAAUAUCUCGAUUUUAUGAUAGUUAAAUACUUAUUAUCGUUCUGUAAACGUUUUUUCCGAUAGUUUAACGUAACUCGUGUUAGCUAGGUUAUCUCACCCGAUUAACAGGACUUUCUGCUAAACACAACCUUCUGCUGUAUUGCGAAAAUAGGUCUUGUCUAGGUUAGUGCGUGUUAUUAAAUAUCGGCUAUUGAAAAUUUGGAUUUCAAUUGGAUUAACCAGUUCAUGCACCGGUGAGGACAGUCACACAUUACCAUGGAGGACGCCCACUGCAAGUCGGUGGACGAAGUUUUAAAUUAUUUCGGAGUCGACCCAGAGAGAGGGUUAACGCCCGACCAAAUUAAAAGAAACCAAGAAAAAUAUGGUCCCAACGAAUUGCCCACAGAAGAGGGAAAGUCAAUAUGGCAACUAGUCCUGGAACAGUUUGAUGACCUCUUAGUUAAGAUCCUAUUGUUAGCUGCUAUCAUAUCUUUUGUACUCGCUUUAUUUGAGGAACACGAUGACCAGAUCACAGCGUUCGUUGAGCCUUUCGUCAUCUUGCUUAUCCUCAUCGCCAACGCCAUUGUGGGAGUGUGGCAGGAAAGAAAUGCAGAGUCAGCCAUUGAAGCGCUCAAGGAGUACGAGCCGGAGAUGGGCAAGGUAGUGCGUGGUGACAAGGCUGGAGUACAAAAAGUCAGAGCCAAGGAGAUCGUCCCCGGAGACAUCGUUGAGGUGUCUGUGGGUGACAAGAUCCCAGCCGACAUCAGGCUGAUCAAGAUCUUCUCCACCACUCUGAGGAUUGACCAGUCCAUUCUUACUGGAGAGUCUGUCUCAGUCAUCAAGCACACUGAUGCUAUCCCUGACCCCAGGGCUGUCAACCAGGACAAGAAGAACAUCCUGUUCUCUGGCACCAACGUUGCGGCUGGCAAGGCUCGUGGAGUCGUCAUGGGCACCGGUCUUAACACUGCCAUCGGCAAGAUCCGUACUGAGAUGAGUGAAACUGAGGAGAUCAAGACACCCCUGCAGCAGAAGCUGGACGAGUUCGGUGAGCAACUGUCCAAGGUCAUCUCCGUCAUCUGCGUUGCUGUCUGGGCCAUCAACAUCGGUCACUUUAAUGAUCCCGCUCAUGGCGGUUCCUGGAUUAAGGGUGCUGUCUACUACUUCAAGAUUGCUGUGGCUCUGGCUGUGGCUGCUAUCCCUGAGGGUCUGCCUGCUGUCAUCACCACCUGCUUGGCCCUGGGAACCAGAAGGAUGGCCAAGAAGAACGCUAUUGUGAGGUCUCUGCCCUCUGUGGAGACCCUGGGUUGCACAUCUGUUAUCUGCUCUGACAAGACUGGCACACUCACCACCAACCAGAUGUCUGUCUCAAGGUCAGUCACUACACCAGCAUUAAAACUAGUUUUCUCCUUUUAAUACGUCAAAACUCUG